CAAGAAUACGAGAAAAUUAUAAGUGAUAUGGAGAACAUCUACAGCACUGCCAAAAUAUGCGACUAUAAGAAUCAAAGUAAAUGCGAUCUCGCUCUGGAACCGGAACUUACUGAACUCCAAAUGAAGAGCCAUGACCCGGAAGAAUUGAAAUAUAUCUGGGUUCAGUGGAGGAAAGCAACCGGUGAAAAAAUGAAAUCCUUGUUCACGAGAUACGUUGAAUUAAGUAACAUGGCUGCCACGUUAAAUAAUUUUACUGACAACGCAGCCUAUUGGAUGAAGGAUUACGAGACUGAUGAAUUUCCCGAACAAAUUGAUACACUCUGGCAGCAAUUGAAGCCACUUUAUUUACAAUUACACGCGUAUGUUCGCCGAGAACUUCGAAAAAAGUACGGUGAGAACGUGGUUUCGAAAGACGGUCCCAUACCAGCACAUUUAUUAGGCAACAUGUGGGCACAAAGUUGGAGCAAUAUUGCUGACUUCUCUAUUCCAUAUCCGGGAAAACAACUGCCAGACGUUACUGACGCCAUGAUUAAACAAGGAACCAACCUCCUAAGACCUGAAAUAUGCCACACGUCAGAAAAAUUCAGUAUUGACGAAAAAAAUGGCAUCAAAGUCCGUCAUGAACAACUUUGA